AAACGACGAAAGGAAAGCAAGACAACGAGAAAGCCGCGAUAUAUGUUCUGUAUUUUUGCUUUGUUCGUGAAUUUUACGCAUUAUGAUAGCCGACUGAAUAGCUGACUGACAGCUGAAUGAAGACAGACACUUGGAAGCGAUUUUGUAUCCGUGAUAGAAGUCUCAAAUUUUGUCGAAAGACAUUUUAAUAUUGCUGAAAGCCCUCGUCGAGACCCGUCAAACCUACGCGAGAUAAAGAUCAGGACCUUAAAAUGACUGACAGAGUGAAACAGGCGACUGAGGAGCCCUCGAAUGAGCCGCCUAAAAGCAGCAGUCAGACGCCGAAGAAACACAGUCGUUUUCGUUCGUCGAUGAGGAGUGUUUUUGGCCGAAGUAGCAAGGCCAGUAAACAUGACGAAAGCGGACAAACAAAAUCAGGAAAGGAAUCCAGCUCGUCACAUUUACGGAAAAGUGCGUCAGAAGCUGUCUGUGUAUGCCCUGUUUGCUAUGUCGUUAAACCGCAAUCCUUAUUUCCCGAUAUUUCGACCUGCGAGCAUCGAACUUGUGGUGAUUGUCUCAGACAAUACAUGAUUAUUGAAAUCAAUGAAUCUAGGGUGAAUUUAACUUGUCCUGAAUGUUCAGAACGAUUUCACCCAAACGAUAUUAGGUUCGUACUCAAUGAUGAGGCUCUUAUGAACAAAUACAGCGAGUUCACCCUGAGGCGAACCUUGGUAUCGGAUCCUGACUGCCGUUGGUGCCCUGCGCCGGAUUGCGGGUAUGCCGUAAUAGCUGCUGGCUGUGCCAGCUGCCCGAAACUGACAUGCCAACGAGAGAAAUGUAAAACUGAGUUCUGUUAUCAUUGUAAACAAAUCUGGCAUCCAAAUUUGACUUGUGACAUGGCUAGGCAGAGACGAGCCUCAAAUAUUCGAACCUUGCCCAUGAAUGAUGGUAAAAGUUUAUCAGGUGAAGACAUGAAGCCUUGCCCAAGGUGUGGUGCUUUUAUCAUAAAGUUAGAUGAUGGUACAUGUAACCAUAUGACCUGUGCCGUGUGUGGUGCCGAGUUCUGCUGGUUGUGUAUGAAAGAGAUCUCGGAUCUUCACUACUUAAGUCCAUCUGGCUGCACGUUUUGGGGAAAGAAGCCAUGGAGUAGAAAGAAGAAAAUUCUCUGGCAAAUGGGCACGUUGAUUGGUGCUCCAUUAGGGAUUGCGUUAGCUGCAGGGGUUGUACUCCCUGCCAUGGUGAUUGGUAUUCCAGUCUAUGUUGGGCGGCAGAUGCAUGAGAAAUACAACCGGCCAUAUCAUACCAAAAAGAAGAGGAACAUUGCCAUUGUCAGUGGAGUAACAUUAUCCAUCUUGGUCUCGCCCAUGCUUGCUGCAUUGACCGUAGGUGUUGGGGUACCCAUCGCCCUUGGCUACAUCUAUGGGGUUGUGCCAAUCUCGUUGUGCCGCAGUGGUGGCUGUGCCUCAGUGACAACCCUAAAGAACGGCAGAGGCGUGAACCUGGAGUUUGACUCCGAGGGCGACAUGGCUACGAACCCUAAUGAGCGAUCGACUGCAAAUGAGGCAAGCUCUGCUGCAGAUGAGAACAUUGACAGUGUCGUAACUGUUGUAGCGACAAUAAACACAAGAGCACCAGACGCGGAGAGUGGUAAACAGCCUAGUGUGAGUUUGAGCCAAGAAUGCUAUAGUCUUGCAAGUAGCAAUAUCGAGCCAAGUGGACGUGAGGAUAGUGGCUCCAUGAUUCCUGGGCCUCGUAGCUGUGCAGUGAGCAUCGCAAGCAGCAUUGAGAAUUUGAACAUAAAUGUCUCGGACAAUCCCAGCCCAUCGCUAGAGGUCGGCGAACAUGACAGAGUAAGCACAAGUAGCCUAACUGGUAGUAAGGCGAUGAGCGAAUCCUCGUUGAAGAAAGUCGUUCAACUUAAGGUGGCUAGUGAAUGUGUAGGUGAUGUAGAGCAACCAACCAUUGUUGCCGAAUCAUGAAUUGUACCCUUGUAAAUAAUGCUUUAGAUAUUGAUAAAAGUAAAUCUACACUGUCCAUGAAGAUGUCUGCAUGUUGCAGUGGUCCUGUGAGGAACUCUGCCCUCUCUGAGGGAUUAAUUGGGUCUUCCACUGCUUGCACUUCACAUCCCCCUGCCCCCUGUGAGGGAAAAUUCCAGUUGAGCUUGAAAUAGUCGGCCAAUGAAAUAAUAGAGUGAGUGCAUCGUCAAUUUGUUGUAUUAUCCUUAAAAUGUUUCUAUUUUAAUUGACGUGAAUUUAUGCAUAUGGUGUUUUCUUUUCACACAUAAUUAUUGCUUUAGUCACAAGAAGAAAAAAGAAUUGAACUAUGCAAGACACUGAAGUGAAUUUGUACAUAUGGGUACUGUCAGUGCUGCCCUGAGCUAAUCAAUAGCCAACUUUCACAUCAUUUUGUACAUGGUAUUUUUGAGAUAGUGCAUUGUUAAAGUGUAAAGCAACUGUGUGUUCACAGUUCACAGUUCACUUGACUUUCUCACACUUGUCUGUAUGACCACUGUAACUAUUUCCAAUGUUGAUAUAGAUAAUGUAGGCUAGAAUUUAAAUAGUUGUUGAGUUAAUUUAUAAAUAGUGUAGAUUUGUGAAGUUUAAAUGAUUUUUGUUGCAAGUUAGAAAAUGGUAGAAUAAAAACCUCUU